AUGGGAAAUCCACGCAUCGCAGCAGAGCAGUAUCUCAAGAAGUACAACAUCCCAGACCUUUUUGACUAUCUCCUUUCCCAGAUAGUCAUCAACCUGCCGGAGGAUCCAUGGACCCAUCUGUCCGAGAUAUGCGAAAAGCUUGACAGCCGCUCUUUCCAAGACAACAUUCCCUUCUUCACGCGGGACGAGAUCAAUAUUGUAUUCAGCAAUUAUGAGGUCUUAAACAGGGGUUACAUCACAGGCGCCCAGGCAAAGCAGGCACUGAAGACAAUGGGCCUUAAGCCGCGAAUAGUAGAUGAUUUAUUCAUUGACGACGACGCCAAUCUCUCUCGAGAGGAGUUCAGUCAGUAUGCCGUCAACGGAUUCAACAAGAGGUUGAACUCGUGGCUGGGGAAGUACCCAUGA